AUGGUAUCAUCAAGAAAUAUCAAUGAAUGGAAGGCAUUUAUUGAUCUUAGAAUAUCUUAUGUAUAUCAUCGUUGGGAAGAAUUAUGUAACAAUAUAGAAAAACGUUCAAAGGAAGCUUUAGAUAGCAAAACACCAGGCUCUGGCUACUUGCGCAGAACUACUUUGACAAGAAAUGGUGGUGUUUUACCUAUUUUGAUGAGAAAUGCGCGACAAAGCACUACAUCGUCAAAAUCUCAAGAAACAUCACCUGCCCACGAAGAGAUUCUCAUUAGUCAACGUGCUAAACGACCGCUUUCCCCUCAUUUCACUAUUUAUCAACCACAAUUGACAUGGUAUAUGUCAUUUGCUCAUAGAGUAACUGGAACGGGACUGGCAGUAGGUCUCUACGGAGUGACAACUGCUUAUGCAUUAGGCGGACCUGAUUCCGACACUUUAGUUGCUGCAGUGUCAACUUUACCAUCUGCACUAAAACUCGCAGGAAAAUUUGGCAUUUCUUACUUUUUCUCUUACCAUGUAUUCAAUGGAAUGAGACAUUUGUUGUGGGAUACUGGAGCAGCUUUAUCGGUAAAGGGUGUAUAUCGAACAGGACAUUCUGUUUUAGCACUUUCUAUUCUUUCAUCAAUUGCACUUUGUGCGGUUUAA